AUGUCUACAUUUGAAAAUAUAUUUAGAGAUUUUCCUUCUUAUGAUACUUUAAAAUUUCGUACAUUUACUAAACUUGCUGCAGAAAAAGCUCAAAAUUGUGGAACUUUAAUUAAACCUGAAUAUUCUCAUCUUAUACCAAAUCAAUAUCAAUUAUGUGAUCAUCAUUAUCUUAUUAUUGUAGAACCAAAUAGAAAAAAUUAUAAUAAUUCUACAAUUAAACAAAAUUUUCAAAAUUUACAAAAGUUUUCUGAACUUAAAUGGGAUGAUAUUCAUUUAGAAAUUUUAGAUGAUAAAGUUUGUAUUCCUAAACAAGAUUUUUUAAAAUUAGUUUCAAAUAUUGAAUAUUUACAAGAAAAUCAAAAAGAUGAAAUAAUUGAAACUAUUAAUGAAAGUUCAGAAAAUAUUCAAACUUUUGAAAAUAUUGAUAAAAAUAUUGAAGCUAAUACUGAAGAUCAUUUUGAAAAAAUUAAUAAAUAUUUUAAUGAAGAGUUAAAUUAUUUAUAUAUAUUUAAUCUUGAUAAUUUUCAUUCAAUUCAUGAAAUACGUAGACCAGAUGCAACUUUUUUAUAUUCAGUUAAACAUUUUGCAACAUGUACAGCUAAAAAAGUUAAUUUAUCACUACUUAUUUUAGCAAAUUAUAAUAAUAUUUCUUUAUUUAAUUCAGUUAAUAUUGAUGCACAAAAUCUUUGUAGAUAUUUAAAAGAAAAAUAUAGUUCAUUAUUUGAUAUUAGUUAUAAUAAUUCAAAAUCUCAAUGGAUAUCUUAUUCAUCUUUAGAAUUAAUAUAUUUAUCUAAAGAAUUAGGAUAUCAAGAUAAUAGUUUUAAAUCUUUUCAUUAUUAUCUUCCAGCACUUGGAGUUACUGUAUCUACAAAACAACUUCCUUGUAGAUAUUCUACUAAAAAAAUUCCAUCUUUAAAUAAUUGUGAUUUAUGUGAUUCUAAUUUAAAAGAUGAAUUUCAAUCAGAAGUUUUGAUUUGUAGUCAUGGAUAUCAUUCAAUAUGUUAUAAUAUUAUGGAAAGAAGAUUAUUAAGUGAUAAAGAUAAAGUAGAAAAUGAAUUUAUUAAUAAAUUAGUUGAUGUUUUAAAUUGGUAA